AUGAUUGCUUACAACCCCCAAAUGCUGCCCACAUUUUCGAGCCAUGAAAUUUCUAAUAAAUAUUUGCAGCCAAAUGGUCAGUCUAUGGGGGCCCAACCGAAAGAGAUUAAUAAGAAAGAUGGGUUUUCAGAAUAUAUUGGGGAUGACGAGAGAAAAGCCAGUGGGGUAGGUAGGGUCAAGCUCGUGAUCAGAAAGCAAGAGCUGCAGAAGAUGCUAGCUGUUCAAGACAUGAUUUUCGAGGCUCAGAGAGCAUUGAACACUAACAAUGAUCGGAACAUGUCUUAUAAAGCAUGGUUUCCAACACUUACAAGCAUCCCUGAAAUAAACUAG